AUGGCGCCGUUUCCAUGCUCAAGCGAACACACAGCUGCUUCGGCUCUGCUCCUCCUCACCGUCACACCACCACCGCCUCCGCAACUUUCCAAGGGCGACGGCGGAGACUCAUCGGAGCUCGGAAAGUGCGGGAGUGCUGAUUUCGGAGACCAGAGCUUUGUUUCCGGCGAUUCAAAAUCCUGCUGCACUUCCUUGGUUGCUGGUUCCAUUGUUGACAAUCAAGCUCGCACAAUCAGGAUGCUCGCUCUUGCUGCUCUUCAUCGUGAUGUCAAGCUCAAAGCCGCGCAGAAAAACCGUUCGAAGAUCCAGAGCGGCGUGAAAUUCACCUCCUGGAAAACUCGCUCCGGCGUCAAGGUGGCCAUGACGACGUCGUUUGCUUCCACGUCAUCGGAGUCCUCGUGCCUCUCCACCAGCUCCACCGCUGCAUACGAGCCGAAAGCAUGGGGAUGGAAACUGGCGAGUGUUGGUGAGCGAACCAGGAAGAUUAAGAAGAAGAAAGUGGGGUCGGCUCGUAUGCAGCGCAAAGCCGAAGCCAUUCUGAAACUGCUCUCUCACGGCUGCUACUCCGAAGUCAAGAUCCGUCAGGCUCUCGGUGACAGUCCGGACACCAGCAAAGCGCUCAGACUGUUGUUGAGGUUUGCGGAGGUGAAAAGGACUGGUGCUGGAGGCCGUCGCAGCCCUUAUAUUUACACGGUAUAA